UCAUGCUGGGUAGGGCCGGUGCCGAGAUGCCGGCUUGUAAACGAAACCAGUUUGCUAUCCGAUACGAUCCAGGCAACAGCGGCCUCGCGUGAUAUCCCCACGGCCGAGUAGAACGCCAGCGUGCUGUUCGCCGGUGACCCCGAGGAUAUCUGCCUGGAGAACGCAAUCGGGAGUCACCUAACAUUCGGGGGUUAGAUUCGGUACGCGAGGGAGGAACCGACGGACGCUCACUUUCGUUCCAAGGUUCACCUGGAUCAUCCGUGCGUGAAUUUAAACGAAGGGUCCCGAUCGACGUGUCAGGAUUCCGGACCUAGUUGUAUCGUUCGUGAAAGGACAUUCGGAGAGGAACCUUUCUUGUGUUGUCCAUAGACAUCUCAGCCGCCGUUUAAGUGACAGUUUCAGCCGUGUCCGCAAGGUACGUUCAGUGCGGUAGCCGUGAAGUGCGUUUAUUGAUCCAGUGAUCGAUCUGAAUGAUGAAUACCUCGGCACGAUGAGAGGAGCGAAGAGCAAACACAAAUCGUGUCGGCGAGUUUUCUGAGUCCGACGAUCGGUGACAUCGAUGCUCUGAGAAACCGUCGCGAUUCGAGAGCACCGAAAGUGGAUUCUGACCGGGAGGAUCAGACGAUCGAGCCAAUAGAGAUGUCAGCGGUAGCACCAGCAGGAACGGGUGCACCGGCGCCCACCACGAACGGCCCGAUUGUGCCAGCACCAGUUUUCGCGUUGCCGACCUUGUCAUUCACCGUCAGCCAGGUAGCCACCGUUUGCGAGACCCUCGAGGAGAGCGGCGAUAUAGAAAGACUGGCCAGGUUCCUCUGGAGUCUACCGGUAGCACAUCCUAACAUCCAGGAGCUAAAUCAAAGCGAAGCCGUGCUCCGGGCACGGGCCAUCGUGGCAUUUCAUUCCGGCCACUAUAGAGAACUCUACGCCAUAUUGGAAAGGCACAAAUUCACCAAGGACUCUCACGGCAAACUCCAGGCGAUGUGGCUGGAAGCGCACUAUCAGGAAGCCGAGAAGCUGCGCGGAAGAGCGCUGGGACCCGUAGACAAGUACAGAGUGAGGAAGAAAUUCCCGCUGCCCAGGACCAUCUGGGACGGCGAACAAAAGACUCAUUGCUUCAAGGAGAGAACCAGAUCGUUGUUGAGAGAGUGGUACCUACAGGAUCCUUAUCCGAAUCCCGGGAAAAAGAGGGAACUCGCCGCCGCGACGGGACUCACGCCGACGCAGGUUGGAAAUUGGUUCAAGAACAGGAGGCAAAGGGAUCGCGCCGCUGCUGCGAAAAACAGAAUGCAGCAGCAAUCUGGGACAGGAAACGGAAAUACACGACGUACUCUGAGUCCCGGGCCAGGAGGUAGCGAUUCGGAAGAUUCUGAUAUAUCUCUGGGCGCAACAUCGCCUCCGUCACCUAGUUCCUCACCUCCGCCAACUCAUCAACCAUCUCCUGUUCCUCUCAGGCCCCUUGGACCUCUGCCUCCUCCAUCCUUAAAUUUCCGCUUCGAUCCUUCGCAAUCGCAGUUUCGAUUCAACCACGCGACGGCCUUCAAAUUCCCGCCGGCGGGCUUCCGGUUUGGACCGCACAGCCCGCAACACAAUCACCCGAACAUCUCGGGAGGUGGAAUCUUCAGGCUGACGGAAACGAGCCCGUUUCAAGCUGUGGGUCCUAGAGGUGAUCUCGGAUCGAGACUUCCAGACCAUCUAGGACUACCUCCACCCAGGUUGCACCCCCACGAAGGAUUGCUGCACCACCCUCACGUUCAACACCCGUUACCGGAAGGUAUGUCGAGGAUAUCGGAUGCUUCGCGUCUCUCGGAUGGAGGAAUGUCUCGACUGUCUGACAGUUUAUCGGAAGCGCAUAGUCCGCCAUUGAUGGCGACGAACCUGUCGGUGACGGGUCCUCUGAGGGUUGCGGUGCCGAGUCCUCACACGCCUUCUUCUCGAGGUAGUCCGCCAACGGGUCAGCAGACUCCUCAGGGUCAGUCUCAAGGACAGGGUUUGAUAAGGGUUGCGACUCCUCCGCCUCCGAACCCGAAACCACCGCAAAUCCAUCGACCCUUCUCGCCGGCGUGAUACGACAAGGAAGAGGAAUCUAAAGAUAUCGCCGCGAGGAAGACGGUGGAGAACGAUCAGCCUUUGGUGUCGCGCAAAAUCGUGUCCAGCGAGGAGAAUCAAUUGUUCGAGAAACGAUUCGAGGUGUUGUGAGAGAAACGCGAAGGAAUUGAAAGGGGUUAGAACGGGCAAACGUGAGAAGUAAUUAUUCGAGAUCAAAGAACGCGAUACUCGAUGCAAUCAGCGAAGGGGCGCGAAGGAAAUCAAUCAACUUCUCGCGUACCGUUGUUAAGGGACGAACCACGCUUUCGAAUAAAAACGCUAAUUAGUUAUAAGUUGUGCUAAGUGCCCGGAUCGUUGCUGGUUGACGAUGCGUCGUUGGUUUCAUCAGGCGAGUGCAAUUUCUUCAAGAUCAAUUAAUAUGCGAGUGUACAUAGACCGAUCGAUUAACCGAUCGCGCGGAUUAUUCGAUAUGAACGGAGCGUAGAAACGAACCUCUUUGAGGCUAAACAAACUCUCGGUGUAGUGGUGUCUUUUGUAGUUUGUACAUAGCGAUGCUUCCAGUAAAAUGUUCUUCGGUGUAAUCGUUGCCUGAAACUGUUCGUCAUCGUUACGAACAAUGUGCUGCAUGAGCUGUCGCGAACACGGCCUGUUUGAUAUCGAGCUCGAAAGAAAGAUGUCUAGGUCAUCUCGGAUAUCCGAUUUUUCUCCGCAGGAAUUAUGGGAACAAUUAUUAGACUGUUGAGGAAAUAAUUUGAAAUUUUUUCUCAAAUGGACGGUCAGGUUUACUGAAUCGUAGACUUUGAGUAUAGGAUACUUGUACUGGGAAUUUGGAAGCUUUUAAUGUUACAUUUUUGAGUUUUUAAAUUACUCGAAUUUUAAA